CCAGUUAAGUGUGAGUUAACCAUUUUUUUCCAUUAGCUGUUACAGCACUGCCUGUGAAGACUCCUAAUUUGCGUUCGCUAGAAAAAUUAUCUUUACUACUACGGAUUAUUCUGCGCAAUUUCAGAUCACGUGAUCCAUAAACCAGCCAAUGAGAUGGCAGAAAAUGGGGCAGAUUGUGAACUACCACAGAGACGCGUAGGAUCGAAGGAGCAGCAGAAUGGGAGCCCUGCAGACCCCUCGUCAAUCAGCGAGAGGAAGCGGCGGGAUCGGGAAGAGCGCCUCACGCUGGUGCUGUGGAGGAAGCCCAUCCUGACCCUGCAGUAUUUCCUCCUGGAGGCCCUGAUCACCCUGAAGGAGUGGACACGGAGACUGUGGCAUCGAAGGGGGACAGUGUUCGCGGUCUUGCUGGUGGUUGCUUUCUUCACCGCUGCCUACUAUGUUGAAGGAACCCAUCAGAAGUAUGUGCAGUACUUGGAGAGGAAGUUCCUGUGGUGUGCCUACUGGGUAGGCUUGGGCAUCCUGUCGUCAGUGGGCCUCGGGACGGGCCUCCACACCUUCCUGCUUUACCUGGGUCCACACAUAGCGUCGGUCACGCUGGCCGCGUAUGAGUGCGGCUCUGUAAACUUCCCCGAGCCCCCCUACCCCGACGAGAUCAUCUGCCCGGAGGAGGAGGCUUUGGGGGGAGGCAUCUCUCUCUGGACCAUCAUCUCCAAGGUCCGCCUGGAGGCCUGCAUGUGGGGGGCUGGCACCGCCAUAGGGGAGCUCCCUCCAUACUUCAUGGCCCGGGCAGCCAGGCUAUCGGGAGCGGAGCCUGAUGAUGAAGACUACGAGGAAUUUGAAGAGAUGCUGGAACAGGCAGAAACUGCUCAGGACUUUGCCACGCGAGCAAAACUAGCCAUCCAGAACAUGGUACAGAGAGUGGGAUUCUUUGGAAUUCUAGCCUGCGCCUCUAUCCCUAACCCUCUGUUUGAUCUGGCUGGUAUAACGUGCGGUCACUUCCUGGUGCCCUUUUGGACCUUUUUUGGAGCGACCCUUAUUGGAAAAGCCAUCAUCAAGAUGCACAUCCAGAAGCUGUUUGUGAUCAUAACGUUCAGCAAGCACAUUGUGGAGCAGAUGGUGUCCCUGAUCGGAGCUGUCCCCAUGGUUGGCGCCUCGCUGCAGAAGCCCUUCCGCGAUUACCUGGAGGCCCAGCGGGCGAAGCUGCACCACCGCUCUGGAGAGGGAACACCAGCGGGGGAGAACUGGCUGUCCUGGGUGUUUGAGAAGGUGGUGAUCAUCAUGGUGUGCUAUUUCAUUUGUUCCAUCGUUAACUCCAUGGCACAGAGCUACGCCAAGAGGACCCAGCAGAAGAAGUAUGCCGAGGAGAAGACGCAGUGACGUUUUCGCUGACUGAGCACACAGCCUUCCCCCCUCUCACGCGCCACUAAACCCCUAAAAAACCUAUUCUUCCUUUUUUUUUU